UUUCCUUGUGUUCAACGGCUUAAACUUUUGCUACCGCUCUGCAAGCGCUGGAGUGUUCGUGUACCCCCGAGGUCUGAUUCUGUGGGUGAGGACACCUACUCGAAUGAUUUGAUACAGCGUCUUGCUCUGAAGCUUGGUCGUGUUAUGGAGCGGAAGUUGAGUGUUGGUGGAUUGGGGUUAUUUUCUCCAGUAAGCACUGAUGUUUCCUUUUGUUUUAGUGGGAGUAUGUUUUCUGAAGGCAGACCAGGAUUUGACGCAUGUCGUUUUCGUAACAGAAGCUCUGCCACCCAAACUUUUAGUGUCGAUAUAUCAUCUUUUCGUGAGGAAAUGUGUUCAAAAACUGCUGAUUCUAUUGUAACUAUAUAUGCCAAAUGGCACCUUUAA